AUGUUUGGCUUCCACAGUGAAUGCAUUGAUGUUUGGCUUCGUAACAACGCCAAUUGUCCAAUCUGCAGAAACUGCAUUUCCUCGUCGGCGAUUUUUUCGAACCCCGGCGGUUCUACUGGCGAUUUCACGGCGGCCGGGAGUAAUGAAGACGACGGCGUUGUUAUUGAACUUGAUGAGGAUCUGUCGAUCAUCCCGUCUCCGACACUGAAAUUUGCGAGAAAAAAUCGGAGAAAAUUCAGGCGAGUUACCAGCGUUGGGGAUGAGUGCAUUGACAUUAGGCAAAAGGAUGAGCAGUUUGCGGUUCAACCGAUCAGGAAAUCUUUCUCGAUGGACUCGGCGGCGGACCGGCGGGUUUAUUUGGUGGUUCAGAAGGAAGUUCAGCAGCAGAAACGCCGGCAGGAUGAGAUCAUAAGUUCCGGCGAGAGUAGCAGUAGCAGAAUUAACAAGAAGUCGUUUUUCUCUUUCGGGUAUGGACGAGGAUCAAAAAAUUCAGUUCAAACUGCAGGUUCAUUUGGAACCUUAGCUUGACGUCAUAAUAUAAUUCUUGUUCUUCUUUUGACUUUUUAGUGAUUAUCAUUUAUGUUUUGUACUCUGAUCUGACGUUUGCGUUUUCUGAAUUGAAACUCAAAUAAUAUUAGUCCCAAAAUGGAAAGGGAUAGAACCGGU